UACAAACCUGGUCCAGACGACUUUCAGCCCAUAAAGGUUUUGGGGAAGGGCUCCUUUGGAAAGGUUUUGCUAGUUCGUGAGAAACUCACUGGGAGGCUUUUUGCUCAGAAACAGCUCAAGAAGAGCAUCAUUCUUGAUAACUCCAAAAACGUUGAGCGAAUCAUCAAUGAAAAUGAAAUCUUGAAAAAAAUAAGCAACCUAAAUGACAACAUCAAUAACAAUGACUACAACCCAUUUCUUGUCAAGCUAUACUAUACGUUCCAGGACUCCACUAAAAUCUACUUUAUUUUGGAAUAUCUACAAGGUGGUGAGUUGUUUAGCCAUUUGCAAAAACAAAGAAUCUUGAGUGAAAGAAAUGCUAGUUUCUAUGUUGCUGAGAUGUUGCUUGCUUUGAUCCACUUGCACCAAAAAAUUGGAAUUGUUUACAGAGACUUGAAACCUGAAAACUGUCUUCUCAAUCAAAAUGGCCAUCUAGUCUUGACUGAUUUUGGUCUCUCCAAAUUCAUCAACGAGAACACUGCCGGUGCUCAUUCCAGCGAUAAAUGCAACACUCUUACUGGCACCCCUCAGUACAUGGCUCCAGAGAUACUUAUGGGAAAGCCUUACGAUAACUCUGUUGAUUACUGGUCCUUGGGAUGUGUGGUCUAUGAUCUUCUCACUGGUUCUCCUCCCUUUCUCGGCAACAACAAUAAGAAGAUUAUCGACAAAGUCAUCAAAUCCAAAAAAAUAAAAUAUCCCUUCUACUUGUCACUCGAUGCGAAGGACCUUCUCAGCAAAUUAUUGCAGAAAAACCCUACAAAGAGAAUGAACGAUACGAAGAUCGAUCAGUUAAAAAAACAUCGCUUUUUUAGGUACAUUGAUUGGAACAUCAUCGAAAACAACCACCUUUCCUUGACACCCCCUAUUGUUCCUAUUAUCACUGACCCCAUUCUUGCUGAAAACUUUGAUUCUCUGUUCACACAAAUG